GUGUCUGGCCUAGAUUUCGUGCGACUGUCUUCAUUUCUUCGUUCUCGAGCACCGAAACCGUACACCUGAACCGUGGGGUCCGACAGUUCCAGAGUACCAUCGGUGAAGUGUGAACUGUGUGAGCUCCUGCAGAACGCCACUAACUGUUUCCCGAAUACAACGGCCAUCCGCGAUGUCAGGGUGUCGUAAGUGCGGGCUUUUUAGACUGACCGAAUUGUGCUCGUUCAUAUUAUUUAACGCGGCUUUUGGACUAAUAUUCAACGAUUUGGUUUUUGCGUCCGAAUGUCGUUUUCCAGGAGCACCAGCACAUUCUUCCAUAACGUUUUCAGAUGAAGAUUUGGGUCCAGGGACUGUAGCGACCUACACAUGUGAGAGAGGUUUCGAGCUUCUAGGUCCUUCUAGACGUGUGUGCCAAAAUGGGGAUUGGUUACCAGAGGGAAUUCCAUUUUGUGUUCUGAACGUAGCAGCUGGCAAAGCUCCAAUGCAGACCAGUACCGAAGGAGGUGGGAUUCCACAGAAAGCUAUUGACGGUAGCACAAGUGGUUUUUUCAACGCUGAUACGUGUACUUUGACAAAACCUGAAAAAACACCUUGGUGGUACGUCAAUCUUUUGGAACCUUAUAUGGUUCAACUGGUUAGGUUGGACUUUGGAAAAGAAUGUUGUGGAGGAACUAACCCUGCAACAAUCGUGGUACGAGUGGGUAACAACCGCCCAGAUUUGGGCACCAACCCAGUUUGCAACCGCUUCACAGGAUUUUUAGAGGUGGGACAACCCCUCUUUCUGCCAUGCAACCCACCUAUGCCUGGCGCUUUUGUCAGUGUCCACCUAGAAACACCCUCCACAAGUCAGCUAUCUAUAUGUGAAGCUUUCGUCUACACUGACCAAGCUCUUCCUAUCGAAAGAUGCCCUCAGUUCAGGGACCAGCCACCUGGCAGUACCGCAACUUACAACGGAAAAUGUUACAUCUUCUACAAUCGACAGCCACUCAAAUUCAGGGAGGCUUUAAAUUUCUGCAAAUCGAGAGGAGGGACCCUGGUAGACGAGAGCAACCCGGCCCUUCAAGGAUUUAUCAGUUGGGAAUUGUGGAGGCGACAUCGGAGCGAUGCUAGCGGACAGUACUGGAUGGGUGCGGUUAGAAACAAGGACCUAGGAACGUGGCAGUGGCUGAGGGGAGACCAUGUCACUGUGUCUUUCUGGAAUACACCCAUCGAGAAUGGUGAUUGUGCACGUUAUGACGGUACCAAGGGAUGGUUGUGGUCAGACACUGAUUGUAACAUGCAUUUGAACUACAUUUGUCAGCAUCAACCUAAAGCUUGUGGACGGCCGGAACAACCACCAAACUCAACAAUGUUGGCUGAGAACUUCGAUGUUGGUACGACAAUCGAAUAUGAAUGUGACAAAGAACAUAUUCUUGUUGGAAGAAAAACCAGGACAUGUCUCGAAACUGGUUUUUACGAUGCUUUUCCACCUACCUGUAGACAAAUUCAAUGUGGAUAUCCUGCCGACAUAGCAAAUGGAGAAUAUUCGUUAGUGAACGACAGUGUUGGUUACCUCAGCAGAGUGGUUUAUAAAUGUGAUGAGGGGUAUAGACUUGUGAAUAGAGCAGAGCUAAUUUGUGAUGUAGAUGCUCGAUGGAAUGGCCCACCACCUAGAUGUGAGCUAAUUGAAUGCAGCGGCUCCUUAGAAAUCGAAAACGGCCACUUUGAGCUCAUCAACAAGAACGAAACAGUCUUCGGGACAAUAGUGCGUUACACAUGUACAGCCGGCUACAAGCUCGUUGGACCACGACAGAUUACCUGCCUGUCUAAUGAGCAAUAUGAUGCGCUUCCACCUACUUGCCAAGAAGAUGGAUCAACCCCAUUGCCCACAAUUGCUACAAAAACUACCACGAAAAUCACCAAACCUCCAACUUCAAGGAGAAGAACACAUCCCCCUCGACCAACAACAAUACGUGCCGAAAUGGAUAUAUUGAAAAUAAACAAAACUACCAGAAGAACCACUCCCAGGACCACCAAGAUGCCCUCAACAACAACGACAACUCAAUUUCCGCAACUGGUAAUAGCGGGUCACCCUCAAGAUAAUGAAAUAGCGGGAAGUUCAAAUAUUCAACGUGGUGAGGCCCCCAAUGUUAAUGUUCCUCUUUCGGUCGACGGUGAACGAAGAGAGCCUCUUGGUGCGAAGCUGAACCUUGGAGCAGUCAUAGCGUUGGGUGCUUUCGGGGCUUUCAUUUUUUUGGCAGCAAUCAUCACAACUAUAAUUGUUCUAGUGAAAAGGAAUCACAGUGCCAAACAUUACAGACAUCGAGCCUCCCCAGAUUGUAACACAGUAGCCUCUUUUGAUUCUUCCAGUUCAGAAUCUAGAAAUGGUUUGAACAGAUACUACCGACAAGCAUGGGAGAACCUACAUGAAUCCGCAGGGAGUAAAUCGAGAUUAAAUGCAGCUAGCUCCUCUACACACCCUCCCCAAAGAAGAAGUGAAAGUAUGGACGACCAGUUCAGAAACUCUGAGAGGCAGAAAGACGGCUCUGAAUUAGUAGUCAACGAAUUAUUCAACGGUAGCAAGAGUUCUGAAAAGAAAAGACAUCAUCAUCAUCAUCAUCAUCACCAAAGUGGGAAGGACCCACGACCUCCACCCAGCAGAGAACACAGGAGAUACUGAAAAAUCAGUUCGCAGAAUUAUUCCCAAUGAAAUUAUUUAUUAUUACAACAGACAACGAGGUCCGGAGGUCUUUCCCAUAUAAUUGUGAAAUCUGGAAGGGAAACGUUAUCAGAUGUCUGUAAGACCAGAAACUAUUUGAAUUCAGUUACAUGACAUCUAUACGACCUAUCUAAAAAUCUGUAAAUAAUUCUAUUUUUGACCGAUGUAUCAUUUGAGAUGUUUCAAUCACGAAUUUAUCAAUAUAUUCUCUUUUUUCGACUGAUAUUGAAGGAUGAUGCUAUUUAAUGUUAUUAUUGUUAUUUACUUGUGAUAUUGAAAUAAAUUCAUUCCAACCACAAUAUUUAUUGAUGUGAAAUAUCAGGAUAUUCUAACAUUACUUUCAUUUGUUCUAAAACUUUCAUUUAAGUAUUAUUUAGGUAUAAUAGACUUUUCAAUUUCACUGCUCAUGUUAUGUUAUGCAUACGAUUUUUAAAUAAUUAAGGUAAUGAUUUAGGGAAGGUAACCAGGUUAUAGUGCCAUUCAAUUAGGCAUCAUGAUUAAAAGCUGAUUGUUCAGAUGAAAAGAAUUUGUUCACUAAACCAAUGAGAAUUCAUCGUAAAAUCUUAGCAAUAGCAAAGAUUGAUGGAUUCUCCCUUAAUAUACUUAUGUAUACUUAUUCAAAUUUUAUCUGACCGAUCGCUUUUCUAUGUGUAUUAUUGAAACAAAUAAUCGAAUAAUCAUAUAGAAUGAAAGAUUGUAAAAGUAGGUGAAUUAUUCCUUAUCUCGUAACAUGAAUGUAUGAUUUCAAGUGUAUGAGGAAAAACGAUUAUAAAUUAUAAGAUAUUGAGAAAUAUAUUUUUGUUGCCUAA